AUGAGUUACGAAUCACUUCAUUAUGAUGAUGCGGUGAGUCAAGCGGCAGCAGAAGCAGCAGAAGCAGCAGCAGCUGCUGCCAUGAAUGCCGCCACGCAACAACAGCGUAUCAAUCAGUACCAUGAACAUCAACAACGGAAUUUGUUUAUUGAUCGUGAUGGACGAUCACUUUUAUUCUACAUCCCUAGAAAUGAGCCCCAUCGUUCUCACUAUCGCCAAUUGAUUAUUCUGUAUGGUGGGGUUGUCACUGACAGACUCAUCCCUUCUUGUUACUUUUUGAGUAAUAACGCCGAAGAAGGACACGGUAUUCAAUUGAGAUUCAUUGAUGAAUGUAUUAAUCAAGGGAGAUUGGUCAAUUUAGACCUGUUCCGGUUUGGAGUUGAAGAAUCGCGCGAGGCUGAUGACGAAGAAGCUGAAGCCGAAGCGAAGCGACGUAUGUCCAAACGUCAUAAUCGAUUCACGCCCGAGAAGGACGAGUUUAUUUUGAACCAAGUGAGAAUGAAUCCUCGAUUCCGUCAUUCCCAUCGAUUCUAUGAAGAUUUGGCUCACGAGGAAAUGUUAAAGGGUCAUACUGGGAACUCUAUCCGAGCACGGUUCAGAAAGCAUUUAGAACCAAAGUUGGGAUUUGUUUAUAAGGUGGACAUCAAUGACAAGCUAGUCAAGGAUGAUAUGGGCCGGUACAUUGAGCUAGGGGUCGAUGAUUUCCCGGAUACUUUGAAACACAAGUAUACUGCUAUAGACGACUACGUUUUAUGUGAGGCUGCUAAGGCGCACAUUGAGCAAGCUUCGGAAUCUUUAGGAGUUUCUCCUAACUUUGAUGAAGCAAUUGUUUUGCCUUAUAGUUUCUAUGACCGUUUGUAUAGAAAACGGUCAAAUCAUAGUUUACAUUCGUGGAGAGACAGAUUUAGAAGAUAUAUUACCCCCGGAAUGAUCCCUAGUUAUAUUGAAUACUUUAAGGAAUGCAUCAAGACUGGAGAAGAGCCUGAAACUCUAUUGCAGCUUAAUCAGAGAAGACAAGGAAAAAUCCCUACUUCUAGCACAAACAAUAUUCAAGUUCAAGAAGAAGAACCACUUGACUCUAGUCUCGUCAAUGAAGAACCAAAUAUCGAUGAUGAAUUGAUUGUGAAGCAAGCAGGUAGUGAUCAUUUUGUUCAACCUAUUGAAGUACCUCAAUUAGUUACCGACUUGGAAUAUGAAGAUGAAGAAGAAGAAGCAGCAGAUGAAGCAGACGAUGAAGAAGAAGAAGAAGAAGAAGAAGAAGAAGAAGAAGGUGAGGCAGGUCAAGUAGAAGAAGAAUCUCAAGAACCUGAAUCACAAGCUCCAAUAGUAUUGAAGUAUGUUGGUGAAUCAGUCACGUUUGCGGAUAUAUUGGAUGGAAAACCAGGAGAUUAUGAUGCAAACAAGAUGUAUCUCUCAAUCAAUGCUGCCUUGAGUGAUGUGACUGAUAUCCCAGGAAUCUUUCAUGCCUUGAAUAAAUUAGGAUUGAAAGAUCCAUUAAUCAGUCACGUAGUUUACGCCACUAGUGCUGAUGUUCCGUUGAUACCAACAUACUGCCAAAGAUUGUUCACGGCUCUCAAUGCUGCUCGCCUUGAGCCAGGCAUUCCCUUGUAUAAACAGUUGAGAAUCGUAGGUAGUGGUGAUAUAUGGAGUCCCAAACAUGAUCAGAUGUUGGGCACGGAAUCUGAGCACGAUCUUCAGCGUCCACAUUCCUUGGAUCUGAUUAUGAAGAGAAAGGAAUUUCUUAGUCAAUUUCACAGCCAAGUUUAA